UGCCCCUCGGCUGGGGGCAGUCGAGCCCGCCACCCGCCGCCCCUCCUCUGUCCCCUCCCCGCGCUCCCGCCCCCUUCCCUCCUGCCCGCCCACUCCCCCUUCCUUCCAGUCCCGCUCAGCCUGGGCACAUCCUCCGGCUGCCCGCGCACCUCUCCACGCCGUCCCCGUUCCGCGGCUCGCCCUCGGCUGCGCUCGGCUGCCGCGGGCGCUCGGCCCCGAGCCCCUCCGCCCCCUCCCCGCCGGCCGGACAGGGAGGAGCCAAUGGCUGGGCCUGCCAUCCACACCGCCCCCAUGCUGUUCUUUGUCCUCCUGUUGCCCCUGGAGCUGAGCCUGGCAGACGCCCUUGCACUUGGGACCCCUGCCUGGAACCUCCCUGAGAAUCACAUCGACCUCCCAGGCCCAGCGCUGUGGACGCCUCAGGCCAGCCAUCACCGCCGGCGGGGCCCGGGCAAGAAGGAGUGGGGCCCAGGCCUGCCCAGCCAGGCCCAGGAUGGGGCUGUGGCCACCACCACCAGGCAGGCCUCCAGGCUGCCAGAGGCUGAGGGGCUGCUGCCUGAGCAGAGUCCUGCAGGCCUGCUGCAGGACAAGGACCUGCUCCUGGGGCUGGCAUUGCCCUACCCCGAGAAGGAGAACCGACCUCCAGGUUGGGAGAGGACCAGGAAACGCAGCAGGGAGCACAAGAGACGCAGGGACAGGUUGAGGCUGCACCGAGGCCGAGCCCUGGUCCGAGGUCCCAGCUCCCUGAUGAAGAAGGCAGAGUUCUCCGAAGCCCAGGUGCUGGAUGCGGCCAUGGAGGAAUCCUCCACCAGCCUGGCGCCCACCAUGUUCUUCCUCACCACCUUUGAGGCAGCACCUGCCACAGAAGAGUCCCUGAUCCUGCCCGUCACCUCCCUGCGGCCCCAGCAGGCACAGCCCAGGUCUGACGGGGAGGUGAUGCCCACGCUGGACAUGGCCUUGUUCGACUGGACCGAUUAUGAAGACUUAAAACCUGAUGGUUGGCCCUCUGCAAAGAAGAAAGAGAAACACCGCAGUAAACUCUCCAGUGAUGGUAACGAAACAUCACCAGCCGAAGGGGAACCAUGCGACCAUCACCAAGACUGCCUGCCAGGGACUUGCUGCGACCUGCGGGAGCAUCUCUGCACACCCCACAACCGAGGCCUCAACAACAAAUGCUUCGAUGACUGCAUGUGUGUGGAAGGGCUGCGCUGCUAUGCCAAAUUCCACCGGAACCGCAGGGUUACACGGAGGAAAGGGCGCUGUGUGGAGCCCGAGACGGCCAACGGCGACCAGGGAUCCUUCAUCAACGUCUAGCGGCCCCGCGGGACUGGGGACUAAGCCCGGGAGGUUUGCACAAGCCGGGCGAUUUGUUUGUAACUAGCAGUGGGAGAUCAAGUCGGGGAACAGAUGGCUGAGGCUGCAGACUCAGGCCCAGGACACUCAACCCCAGGAGGGGAGCCGCUCGGAGAAUGAGCUGGGUGGGUACCCAGGAGCCGGCCCGCAGCACCUGCACACCCGAAGUCCAGACCCAUGCAGCCUCCAUCCCGCGUGUCUUGCUCUCCGCGAUGGCAAUGCCGAGAGUGCCCUCUACUGUCCGACUCCAGCACUGCAACAGCUUCAAGUUCAAAACCAAGAGACGUUUUUGAGAGUGGAAAAGAAAUUUAAACUUCCCGAAAGAAGGUCCACCGGCAGUAGAUGAAUAUGGAACAUCUCCUAUGUACCAGGCACUGUGCUAAGUGCUGGAAUACAUUAUCUCAUUGAAUUAUCACAACGACCUUUUCAAGUAGGCAUUAUCACCAUGCGACAGGUUGAGGACCGUGAGGCACGCUGGAGUUAUUUGACUCGACUUGCCCAGGGUCCCAGGUCAGUGCUCCUCAAACCUGAACAUGCUAAGAGUCACCUGGAGGUCCGGUUAAAAAUGUACAUCUGGCCGGGCGCGGCGGCUCACGCUUGCAAUCCCAGCACUUUGGGAGGCCAAGGCGGGUGGCUCACCUGAGGUCAGGAGUUCAAGACCAGCCCGGCCAACAUGAGGAAACCCUGUCUCUAUUAAAAAUACAAAAAUUAGGCCAGGCGUGGUGGUACACACCUGUAAUCCCAGCUACUCGGAGGCUGAGGCACCAGAAUCACUUGAACUUGGGAGGCAGAGGUUGCAGUGAGCAGAGAUCGUGCCACUGCACUCCAGCCUGGGGGACAAGAGUGAAACUCCAUCUCAAAAAAAAAAAAAAAAAAAAAAAGCACAUCUGACUCAGUGGGCUCUGUGCUCUAACAAGCUCCCAGGGAACGCGAGGCUGAUGGCCCAGGGACCCACUGAGAGGUCCUGGGAAGUACAUGGCAGAGCAAGGACAUGAACCUGGGCCAAGGCUGUCCAGCUCCAAGGCUCACAUUCUUGCUGCUCCACAGCCAAGAAUUUCUUCCAGAUUCUCCAAGGCUUUUGGCAAGAGAGGCUCACACCCUGGUAUUCCCUUCCUCUGUGGCUGCAAUAACUUGACUGUUGUCCGCCUUCCCUGGACAAAGGUGUAUCCUAUUUAAAAACAAAACAAAAUACAACUUAAGCACACACUUGCUUGCGGCAAUAAGUUGGGCAGGUUGAUCCCUGUGGUCUGGUAGCUGAUAUCCUGGGAUAAGAAGUGUUUGGGGAAAAGAAUCAUGUUGGCCUUUAUGUCCCUGUGGUCCUGCUCAUCCAGUCCUGGACAGGCACUUUACAGUUUUCUGGAGAGCUUCCACCCCAGGGGUUCUGAUGCAAGCAUGGAAUCCAAAAAAAAACCACACAUAUUGCCCAUGUUUACCCACUUUGCAUACUGUUUAGUGAUUUCCAGGACCACAAAACCAUCCCUGGACCCCACGCCACAUUUUUGCAGCAGAGCCCACUGGGAAGUUGAGGCUCCCCUGAAAUUGAGGUGCUAUCUGAAGCUAACUGCCCCUAACAGGCCAGACUCACAAUGCCCACCCAGAACAUCUGUCCCAGCAGAUCGGGCUUCAGGAGUCACUUCAGGAGAACCAUUUAAAUCCCCCCACUUGGCAUCUCACUCCUGGCCAACCCUCUGUUCCAGGGCGAACCAGGUUGCAAAUGACAAAAGACUUUCCUGGCCAAAUUCCUCACUGGCCUGGAUCACGCCCAUAAGAUGCCAGAGAUGUUUACUGCGUUGGAAAAAUCAGUCGGGGUCAGGGGUCAGGCACCAAGGAAAGCAGGCAGAUCUAGAAGAAACUAAAUAUGCUUGUUCUCUCCCUAUCCAACUUUGAUGGGCAUGGGAACCUUGUGGGGAGGGAGCAGGGAGGGCAGGGGAACUGGUAGAUCAAAGCAGGCUAGCUGAAAGGCAGAUAAGGCUAGACGCAAUGGCUCAUGCCUGUAAUCCCAGCACUUUGGGA